CAAUACCACAUUAGGUACGGCGCAGUUUGACAGACACCUCGGUUUCAUGCGAUCUGUGCUUGUGCCUCUGUAGGAGAUUGUAUUAACAGUCAAACUUCUGUGUUCAUAUGUGAAACUUUAACACCAGGUUUCCAGAUGCCAUGAUACUAUGUGACUAUUGUGGAGAUGAAAUACAGCCAGAUUUACCAGGCGUAAAUGUGUACAACAAGGAUGUGGACGUGCGUUAUGUGACAAAGCAGGAUUGUAUACCAGUUGGUUUUACGUGCGUCGAUGUAUGUGUCAAAGAUGACAAAAUCACAUAUCUGAAAGAAGGGAGCUCCUUACCGAAAGGUUUUGACUACGUAACUGUUUCUGUCAUAGGUCGAGACGUAGUAUAUGCAAGGAACCAGAACUUAAUACCAGCAGGUUUUGAACAAGUCACUGUGUACACCAGGAAUAGGGAAGUAAAAUACGCAAGACAAGGGGACAGCCCCCCAACAGGCUUUGAUCAAGUUUCAACCUAUGCAAAGAAUGAAGAAAUAAAGUAUGGGAAAGCAAGUCAUCUUACCCCAGUAGGAUUUGAACAAGUGACUGUCUGUGUGAAAACAGAAGACAUAUUAUAUACAAGGCAAGCAGAGCAUAAACGAAAAGGUUCUGAGCCCGCGGCAGUAUAUGUGAAAGAUAAGGACAUAGCACGUGCAAAGUGUCGCCAAGUAAAAGGAGCAUUUCACACAGAGUGCCUGAAUAACUAUAUUCCACGGCGUGAGGAGGCAGCUUGUAAAUUCCUGGAAAGGGCUUCACCAAAAAAGCAAUGUCUUGUCUAUUGGGAUUCAUGUCAAGUACUUAUUUGGAGAAGGGACAGUAAACCAAGAGCAGAGAAGAAGAAAAAAGGAGAAGAGAGAUCGUAAAGCUAUUGAGUUACUGAGAAAAGUAUCGGCUCUGCGGAAUUCCAACUCUGGAUAUAUACUUAUUCAUCUUGUUGGCCUGGCACCUGGAGAUACUUUCACUGGCGCAUUUGAUGAGUUUGCUGACCCCAAACUUCACGA